AAGACCGAGCGAGAGAGUGAAUGAGUGAGUGAGCAACUGUUGCGCGACGAACGUUUAAUGAGAUUGACUGGAAUCUCAAACGCUGGAAAACGCUACUUGAGUCAGCUCGGUUCUGAAGUAGUGGUUGCUCUGACAGCCAUUGCCAACCCUAGUGUUACGUCCACUUUUUACUACCACUUUUACCACCACCACCACCACCACCACCACCAUCAUUAUCAUCAGCCCCUCUUGCCAAGAGGAAAUGUUUUGUUAAUCGAGCGUGUUCAUUUCUGGCCUUUUUGAUCUUCAUCACCUUCCAGUGGACCAAGAAAGUAAGGCUUUGGAAACCGAGUUAUUUAAUUACUUAUUUGUGUUGAAAUGAGACCCUUGGACGGGAUCAGAGCGAUUUGUGAUGUGCAGUGAAUCAUCCUUGUCGCCUUCUAUCUUUGAGGCUAGUCGUGCCACUCGGGACCCUUCACAGGGUCUUAGACACUCGUUACUCGCUUGUCAAAAAGAGUUCAAAGAGUGAGGAGGAAACCAGUAACAAACAAGCACAAUAAGCAGUGUACUCCUAGAAACGUGUGAUUAAUGACUUGUGAGUAACAACACCUGAGCUACACAAACUCCCAAGUCGCAUUACUCACAAUUCCAGUGCCACGAAAGUGCGCCCUGUGGACCGGAUGAUGGAUCAACCAGAGAGCCCAGUGGACUUCGACUUGGAUUGAUAUUCAAGAGCUGAUCUCUCCUCUCUCUCCAAGUCUCCUGCUCUCUCUCUUUCGCUCUAAGGCAAUUGGACUUGGACCAUGGGGAGACCCAUUGCUCCGAUGAGGUGCUUGAAGUAAAGAGACUCGGCCAAUCCGGGAUGAAGAGCCUUCUCCGUUUGUUCUCCUCGAGGUCUUGGCCUCAAGUUCAAAGAGGACAUCUUGCUCGGGACUAAAAGACUUGUCGAGUGCUCAAACCUGCUACCCCUUUGUGAAAUCCUCAGAGACCGGAAACCGGCCGUUGUUCGAAAUGCUGUUCACAAUCACUCUUCAUACGUUUUUGAUCAUUGUACUGGUGAUCUUAGUGUUCAUUUUGGUGAUGAUGGGAUUGGCCACAUUGUAUCAAAAAUUGUUUGUCACGAAGAAACGACGGAGACGAUACACCAUGUAUGACGAUUCCACCAUCAGUUACAGCAUGAGGGCACCUCUCAUCAGGAGCCACAGUAUGGGGCCGGGGUCAACCGGUGUUCCCAAUGGAGGAGCCGCGGGACCUCCAACCGAGGAGAAGAAAUCCUCCAACCCAGCCCUGGCAUUUUUCAACAAUCGCAGUAUCUCCCUGGUGGACAUGUACACGGACAUGGGCGAACCCACCGAAAAAUGUGGCGAGCUCAAUUUUGGCCUUGAAUAUGAUUUCGCUACACAAACCCUGAAGCUCAAGAUUAUACAGGCACGUGACUUGGCUGCCAAGGACACUAAUGGGUUGAGUGAUCCCUACGUGAGAGUGACGCUCCUCCCCGACAAGAAGCAUAGAUUGGAAACCAAAAUCAAACGACGAACUUUGAAUCCGCGAUGGAACGAGACUUUCUAUUUUGAAGGCUUCCCCAUCAACAAGCUUCAGGCGAGAGUUCUUCACCUUCAUUGUUAUGAUUACGACCGCUUCUCUCGAGACGAUUCCAUUGGCGAAAUCCAUCUUCCACUUUGUCAGGUUGACUUUACAUCCAAGCCCCAAUAUUGGAAGCCUCUGUAUCCGCCAAUCAAGGAGAAACUCGGCGAGCUGCUUGUCAGUCUCACUUACCAUCCAUCAAAGAACACCCUGAGCAUUGUCAUACUAAAAGCCAAGAAUCUCAAAGCUAAGGAUAUUAACGGAAAAUCAGAUCCGUAUGUUAAAGUGUGGCUCAUGUUCGGAGACAAGCGAGUGGAAAAGAAAAAGACCCCCGUGUACAAAUGCAAUCUCAAUCCCAUCUUCAACGCGACCUUUGAGUUUGACGUUCCGUGGGAGCAAAUUCGUGAUUGCGCUUUGGACGUUCAAGUCAUGGACUUUGAUACCGUGGGGAGGAACGAGCUCAUUGGCAAACUCUGUCUCGGAUCCAAAAAUGGAUCGGGACCCUCUGAGACAAAGCAGUGGCAGGACAUGAUUGCCAAGCCUCGCCAAGCGGUUGUGGUGUGGCAUCGACUCAAGCCCGGAGACUAAAGGAAGAUAUUAUACUAGAAUUUAAGGAAAUCAAAGACAAAUGUUGUUGAAUUGCAAGGAUCAUCACACCUGUCAUAUCCUGCCUGGAUCAGACCUAUCAUUUUCUUCACGGGGUUACUUUUUGACGUUCUCAGCUCCUCUUUGACCACUCAAUUGAACACAACGAUAUCGAUAUCGAAGCUUCAACCAACCAAACAACCACCCUCCCUCCCUCCCUCCCUCGUUCCCUUGUUCCCUCCUUUCUCGGAAGACAAAGAGCUUGUCGCUCUAGACCUUGACCAAUAUAAAUUUUCGUUCAAAUAUUUUGUUGGGAUGUCCAAUAGCUUAAAUUUAAGUUCAAUAACCACUUCGUAGAUAGGUUAGCAAAAUUAUUGUCUUUAGCUUACUUAGAGAUUAUGAUAAUGAAUACGAUAGGAUUUGAUUGCCAUUGUCUCUUGGAAUUCAGGCCGAAUCACCAUUCUUUUAGCAACGACGACACCUUACCACAUACAUAUUGAUAUACAUAUAUUUUGAUGUAUAGACGGAUGAUGCAUUGUUCAGUAUUUUAGAUUAAUAAAGGUUCCCAUACAUCCCAUUUUUCCAAA